AUGAUACGCUCAUUCGCGCCUCGUCCGCGGGACACGGAAACACACGUUCGCAAACCAGAGAUAAGAAGGAAAAAGGUUUUCCGCGAAGGGAGUGCACGAUGGUGUGGUGCUAUGAGUCAGGUGGCCGAGGACACGGACGACGACGUCGAUGCACCCUACAUCUCCAGCGACGAGUCCGCACAUGGUGUGGACCUCGCGGAACGGCUUCGAGUCAAACCAUCACCAGAUAUUUGGGAACUAGAUGAAAUUGAAUACAACUUGCGACAUCUCCCUCUAGCUGAAGAAAUAUCUGCUACUAUAGCGACAGGACACUAUGACGAGGCAAUAGAACUAGCAGCUAAUGUAGAAGAUGGAAUUGUAACUGCUGGCUUAUGGGCAUGUUGGCAUGGUAGGAGUUCGCUGCUGUCAAAGUUGUUGAAGUUGGGUUUAGAUCCAAACAGAACCGAUGAAGCUGGAAGGUCAUGUCUGCAUUUAAGCUGUUUGGUAGGCAGCGAAGAAUGUGCCAAACUGUUACUGGAGCACGGAGCAAACCCAAACAUGUGGGACUCGUCGACAGACAGAAAAGCCACACCACUACAUUGCGCCGCAAGCGCGAAGAGUUUGGCGUGCGUCAAGGUGCUAAUUGCUCACGGAGCGGACGUGAAUGCAGGUCUCAACGACCGGUCUCCCUUACAUUACGCGGUGCUCAGCGACGCGCCGGUAGUUGUGAAGGCGUUACUGGAAGCAGGCGCUUGUCCUGACACACCACAGGUCUUCACUGAAACUCCCUUGCAUGUGGCCGCUUCUCUCGGGUCGGCAAUAUGCACUAAGUUAUUAUUGGAUGCCGGUGCCGACGUCCGAGCAGCUUUGGGUGCUGGUCGGGCGACCGCCUUACAUCUUGCAGCAGAGGAUGGCCACGCAGAGUGCGCGCGGUUACUUCUUGAGCAUGGAUCGAGGAUUGAUUUACCAAACGUUAGAGGACAGACCCCGCUACAUUUAGCUGCAUUAGCACAAUCUUUGGAAGUGGUUGAGCUGUUAGUAUGCAAGCGCGCGGAUGUUCGUGCACGUGACAGCGACGGUCGCACGCCACUGCACGGAGCUAUUGUGAGAGGAGCUCGAGCCUGCGACGUAGCCCGGACGCUGCUGUCUGCAGGAGCCGACCCGAAUGCAUCAGACAACUUCGGAUACACACCGUUACAUAUAGCCGCCUUAAAUGAAUUUUCCGCCUGCGUGUUGUUGUUACUAGAUUAUGGCGGCGACGUGACUCUGCGUACAAACGGUGGGGUGUCGGCGCUUUCGUUCAUAGUACGUCGCGUGCCUGAUGUGAUCCCUCGAUACUUGGGCAAGUUCGACGAUGCUGUUCAUGUCAGCGAGCAUGAGAUAGGGGAUGUUGACUGCGAACUGGUUAUAGACUUCAGACCAUUAGUUCCGUGCCUGAGUAGAGGUGAAGCUGAGCUCUUACUCGCAUUCAUUGAGGUUGGCCGUAAAGACGUAUUGAAACAUCCAGUUGCAGAAACGUUUCUGUUCUUGAAAUGGCGCCGAAUAAGGAAGUUUUUCGUAAUGAGUUUCAUCUAUCAUGCGCUGUUUAUUACUCUGUACAGUCUCUACAUUCUUCAGAUCUUUCUAUGUGAGUCCAGAACUUGCCACGUACCUACAUAUCUUCGACCAGUCCAAUACCUCAUAAUACUACUGAAUCUAUGUUUCUUAUCGAAAGAGGUAUUUCAGUCAUGUUUAGAUUGGUCAGCGUACAUCAGACAAUGGGAAAACUGGUUGCAAUGCCUGAUAAUAGUCGGCGUAUUUUUAUGUACGAUACCAAGUUGGGAUAACGGUGAAAUAAGGACAAACACGUCAAGUUGGCAGCACGAUAUAGCAGCUAUCACGAUUUUCUUCUGUUGGCUAGAGCUCAUGAUGAUCAUCGGUCGGUUCCCAACGUUUGGAUUAUAUGUCCAAAUGUUUACUACAGUGACAGUGAACUUCGCAACAUUUUUAUUAGCAUACAGUUGCUUGCUCAUAGCCUUUGGGCUUGCAUUCAGCGUGCUGUUCAGCAACUAUGCUGCGUUCAAACUACCAGCCAGUUUGGUGAAGACAGUGAUGAUGAUGUCGGGCGAGUUGGAGUACGAGGACAUAUUCUACAGUAACAGUACCACGGAGUCUGAUUAUCCUGUCACUGCACAUGGAAUGUUCCUCAUAUUUGUUUUGCUUGUCACUGUUAUAUUGACCAAUCUGUUGGUUGGAUUGGCUGUUAGCGAUAUUCAGGCCCUACAAGAGAGUGCUGGAUUGGACCGACUAGUCCGUCAGACACAGUUAGUUGCGCACUUGGAGAGUAUGCUGUUCAGCUCACUACUGACUUGUGCACCCAAGCAGUUGCUAGGCGUGUUACGCUGGGGGGCGCUACUAACUGCGUCGCAUACACGCACGCUUACUAUAAGACCCAACGAUCCGAGGGAAAACAGGAUUCCGAAAGACCUAAUAACAUCAGUAUAUAAAAUGGUGGCCAGCCGGAAGAUUACACAAAAAAGUAUAAAACACAACAAUAAUUACGUCUUUAGACUAAAACGAAGCAAAGACGAAGAGGAAAUGAUUAAACAGAGUCAAGUAAAGAGAAGAAGUAAUUUGUUUGACAGAUAUUCAGUAGAGAGUCAACAAGUUGAGAGGAGAAAGAAAACAAAUUCUGCAAGUAAUGCAGACAGAGUCAGACCAACAUCUCUUAAUAUAAACGCGAUACAAGAAAUAUGUAUGGUCGAUAUUAAAACUCAGUUACUAGAACUCACUAAGCGAGUAAAUAAACUAAUAGAGACAACAGAAGCAAAAUUAAGUCGGAUUGAAAACAAACUGAAUCAGCCACCCUAA